AUGGCGCAGAUGUUAAGAAAUGUCAUGGUGAUGGGCGCCGGGGGUCUCUUCGGCACCGAAGUUCUCUCCACACUCCAAGAAGAAGGUUCUUUCAACCUUUCAAUUCUAUCCCGCAAAUCAUCAAAGUCAACAUUCCCACCGCAUAUCAAUGUUGUCAAGGUGGAUGACGACUACCCACUUGAGCAGCUCGUCAAUGCAUUUAAAGAUCAAGAUGCGCUUGUCUCGACUCUCCCUGGAAGACCCUGCACUGUUCACCUGCGCAUGAUCGAUGCAGCAAUCCAAGCAGGCGUCAAGCGUUUCAUUCCAACAGAAUACGGCAAUAAUACAUGUGCUGCUGCUGCCGAGCUCGUCACACUUUACGCCGAGAAGGCGAAGGUCAUCGCCUACCUCAAGACCAAAGAGAACACAGGAUUGACCUGGACGGCUAUACACACUGGGCAAUUCUUUGAUUGGGGGAUUGAGAGUGGCUGGCUCGACUACCAUCUUAAGGAGAAACGUGUUACCAUUUACGACUCGGGUGACAAGCUGUGGUCGACUUCGACCCUCGGGACUGCGAGUGCUGCCGUGGGCAAGGUGCUGUUGAAGCCAGAGGAGACAAUGAACAGGCCAGUCUAUGUAGCGUCAUUUACUGUGUCGCAGCGACAGGUCCUUGAGGCGCUCGAGAAAGCAACUGGUGCGACCUGGGAGGUGCACAGAAUGUCUUCAGGGGAUGCACUGAAGAAGGCAGCGGAGCUUGAUACAAAGGACUACUCUGAUGGUCUGAAGCUGCUUGUUCUAAUGCUUCUCUAUGCGGAUGAUGCAGACAGAGGAGCGAAUUUUGAGAAGGACGGUUUGUUAUGCAAUGAGCUGCUUGGGUUGCCGGAUGAGAACGUGACUGAGGUUGUCAACCGUGUUGUAAAUCAGCAAACAUGUUAA